AUGCCAGAUCCUAAUGAACUUAAUACAAAUCAGCUGAGUCUUUCAAGAUUUGCCUUUAACAUAUAUGGGGCAUUGAAUCAAGCUCAAUCGCUUGAAGUUAAUUCAUCCGCAUCACCAACACCAUCAAUGAACCCCAAACAGCAUAAUAAGUCAGGAACUUCAUCAUCCCAUAAAAAAAAAUUAGUGUAUAAUUGUGAACGGGAAGUAUCAUGUAUUUCUCAGUUUAAUCAUUCGUUGAACGGCCUAGUAAAGAAUUAUGAAGAAGAUCCAUUGCAUCAUUUAAUAAUGGGUGGUAAGAAUUAUUUAAAGCUAUUAGCGAUGAAUAAUGAGCAAACAAAAAUUGUCCACGAAGUGGAUAUAUUGGAGCUGAGUAAAUCUAUAUAUUCAUCUUCCAGAACCUUAUCGAGUAGCAAGCUCACAAGUGUAAAUACGAUUGAAUCGCAACAUGACACCAUUGCAUGCGAGCUAGCGACAGGCUUAAUUUCAGUAUACAAAGUUCAAAAUAAUGGGAAGUGUAAAUUAGUCAGGAAAUAUUCUGAUCAUAAAAGAUGUGUCAAUUCUUUGGAUUUCAUUAAUCAACUGAAUAUUGCAAAUUCUUCUCUGCCAUAUCAAUUGAUAUCUGGUUCGCAAGACGGUACUAUAAAGCUAUGGGACUUGAGGUCUGCUUCUAAUAAACCUACACUUACAAUAUCUUCGAAUUCGCAUUCUGAUCCUGUUAGAUCGUGUCAAUACUCACCCCAUUCUACUGUUAGGAACAAGCUUACAAUAUUAUCGGUUCAUGAUUCAGGUGCGCUUUGUAAAUACGACUUACGAUCACCCAACGGUGGAUAUCAACAUAAUAUCAAUGUUCCGGAACGUAAAUGGAAUUUUCAUACUGGUCCAGCUUUAUCUUUAAACAUACAUCCUGAAAAGGAAUAUGUCAUAACUGGAGGAAGAGAUCAAAAGGUUUGUAUUUGGAAUUAUGGAGAUUCUCCUACCCAUCAAAAUAAGAUGAGCCCCGACUAUAUGAUUAAUACAUACGGGCCAGUAAUGAAAAUAAGGUGGUCAGUUUAUCCAGAUAAUAUAUCGAGUAAAACAGAUACUUCAUCAAAUCAAUAUCAACAAAUACUCGAAUCAAAAAAAUAUGAUGAUAAAACUAGUUCUAAUGAAAGAGAAACUAUUUCAACAAUGUUUUCAGUGGGUAAAAAUGAUCCAUUAUUUAAUUACGAUUUUGCAUGCCUGUUUCUUAACGAAGACCCAACCAUUUCAAUCUAUAAUUUGAAAAGAAAGUACAUUCCGAAAGAAGUUAUAUCCAGCAACUCUAAUAAGCCCUUUCAAAAUUUUAUGUGGGCACAGAAUGUUUCACAUUCCCGAAGGGUUUGGACUGUUUCAAAAUCAAACCAAUUCGUGUCGUAUGAUUUAGAUACGGUCCAAUCUGACCCUAAUAUCAUUAAACCAUUGGAUAAUUUAACUAGUAUUUCGAUGGCUUGGAAUAGUGGACUUGGUGAUUUUUGUUUUGUGAACCAAGAAAAAGACGAGUUUGAAAGUAUCUCCCAGCUAGAAAAUGAUUCAUUUAGAUCUGAGAGUGAAGAAUAUGACCCUGAAUUUGCGUUAAUACUGGACGGAAGUGGUCUUGCUUCUAACAGCGGAAUUGAAGAUCAUCCAACAGAUGAGCGUUCUUUAAAAUAUCGUAUAUCUUCCAAUUCCUUGGAUAACGCUUCGAUUUAUAACAAUCAUUCGAAGUUCACUGUUGCAUCGAUACCUAUAGCAUCAAACGCAUCUAAUACACCACUAUCAUAUCAGAAUCCUUCAUUUUCAAACUCCUUAUCACCACCAUUUGAACAAAUCACAAAGCCACUGCUUCAUAGAGCUGCAACACACAACCCAAUGAUACAACCGCCAAAGCCCCUAUCGUCUAUACUUCAAAAUAGAAGUUCUGUAGGGAUAGAAGCUUUGAUGGAACAUGGAAACAUUAAUUCAGGAAGCAAUAGUGCAAGUGUAUUAGGAAAUCAUUUAAGGCCUACCUUAAAUAGAAAUCAUUCUCAGUCAACGCAAGGGUCUAAUGUAUCACUAAGUUCAUCAAUACAAGGGUGCCAAGUACCGCCACCAGUUUCCAAACGAGUUAUUUCUGUUAAUCACCCUUCACCUUAUAUAGUCCCAUUGUCACUUCCCUUGCCUCAAAAUGACGAGUAUGCAUUUGAAAUUUUGUCAAAUAAUUAUUUGAUCACAGUAAAUGACGGCCUUAGUUUGAUUGAUGUUUGUUUAUAUAACGCAAAUAUCGCGGCAGGUGUAAAUAAAUUUAGAGACUGUCAGACUUGGAGAGUGUUGGCUGUGAGCUUAGAAGAAGAUAAGUCUUCUCUUAAUAACUAUGAAGAAAAUAUCCGAUCACAAUUCGAAAAAUCAGAAACUGCCAUUACAUAUGGCUCAUUGGAUACAUAUGAGGAUGAUAGCAAAACUUCUAAUGGUAUAACACAGUUGAACCAAACGAAUGAUAACAGAUCAAUUCUCUCUGAGUUGGAUAAUUUUGUAGGAUCUUUCAACUCGAAUUCUACACUGACAUCAAAUUAUGGAGGGGUACACUCAGAGAAAGAUACUUCAAAUAAUACUGAACUACCGAAUGCAAAUAACAGUGGUUCAAGAAAAGCAUCUUUCUCAGAAAUUAAGCCUUUAAGCAAUCUAAACUCCCCAAGCCAUCUAAAGGAUGUAUUAAACCAAAGCCGGUCAAAUAGUAAUAGCAAUGUCGUAUCGCGAUCAAAUAGUAUGUUAUUAAAAAAUAGAAAGACAAUAAAUACUGGAUCCAUGGGGCCAGAAAAUCACGAAAAUGCAAUUGACGAUGAUCAAAUGGGUAGCACUAAAACUUGCGAGUUAAAUAAAAGUGAUUCCCAGUUUGACAUGAAGAAUUCUGAAUUGAAGAAGCAUUCAUCGAUGUCUGCAAUUAAUUUAGAAGCCAUGGACGACGAUUUUCCCUACAAUAUUGAGAAUGCAAAAUCUUCUCCGAUUAAAAUUGACCUGCAAGAUAAGCAUGAGAAAAAUAUGACUUCUGGACUGGUGAGCCCGCAAAAUAAGGAUAAUAAUCAUCAUGGAAAGAUUAUCAAUCAUCAGAGAAGACUAUCCCUCGAUCCAGAGAAUUCUAGAAGGAAUUCUAGAAAUGCAUUUAACUAUAGACAUACCAACACAUGGGAUUUGGAUAACGAGAACUCUAAUAUAUUAGGUAAUAGAGCGCAGUGGGCAACCAACAGCUCAUUAUCUUCCUGUGGUGUAUCUUCUUACCAGCCACGAAUUGGCAGCCCAAAUUAUUCUGAUCAGCUACAUCAUUCAUAUAGCUCUACGUAUUCAUCACCACGACCAUAUUACAAUUCAACUACUCCUGGAUCAUCAAGAAGAAAUUCUCAUAUUUCACCAAUUCAUGGAUUCAACAAUAAAACGUCCUAUGCAAAGCAAUCACCUGUUGCUCAAAAAUUAAUGAGAGACGAGCAAGCGCGUACCGAGUUGAAAGAUGUGGAAGAGCAGAUAGAAGACCAUGAAUCAAUUGAAGACACGAAAAUGUCAUCGAUUAAUUUCGGUAAAUCAGAAUUGACAAGAGCCAUCACUGGAAAUAACAUAGAGUCACCUAAUAGCUUAUAUAAACCAUGGAAGACUGAGAAUUUAUUAAAAGAAGCAUUGGAAUUUGCAUCUCUACAAGGAGAUAUACUAUUAUGCUCAAUCUUAACAAUAUUAUUUUACGACUAUUUGAAAGUUGGAAAAGUUUCAAAGGUUUUCUCGAAAGAACAAAGUUUAGAAUGGUUGUCAUUGUACGUUGAGAUACUCCAUAGAAAACAGCUAUUUUCUAACGCAAUGUAUGUUGUUAAUAUGGCACCUAAGGAAUUACUACCUGAUUUAGCAAAUCUUGCAAGUACUGAAGUAAAUUUAAGGUUUUUUUGUUGUUGGUGCCAAAAACUAUUAGUAAAUGAGAAAUCAAAACGAAAAGCACUUAACGAAGAUAGUUUUGGUUACUGGUAUUGUGACGAAUGCUCAACAAAACAACUGAAUUGUAUAUAUUGUAAUGAACCUUGCAAAGGUUUAAACAUUGUUACCAGUUUAAGUUGCGGUCAUAGGGGGCACUUUGGAUGCUUACGAGAAUGGUUUAUAGACCAAGAGAACAUUGAAUGUCCUGGUGGGUGUGAUGAGCAGGUCAUUUAA